AUGGCUUUAGAGGAGUUAGUGGUUAGCACUCCCACACCAGGACUGACAACGCAACCCUGCCUUGCCCACUGCCGGGGCGAAGUUAACACGCUUCGUUUUCUAAUUCUAUGCCGUGACAGGCCGGUAUUAGAGAGGGAUCCUUUGUUGCGGUCAAUUGAUCAACUAAAUAACUAUAUAAUUUACUCGGAACCUUUGGUGGAUGGUGAUAUUUCCACAGCGCUGACAGCUCCUGUCAAAAUCCUGUCGACCGAGGUUAAAGUCUUUGUCAUUAGUGUCUUCUUCUGUCCUUCCUACGAGGAAAGACCUUGUGAUGGCAAGAAGGACGAACCAGUGACUCCACCGGCUAGCCAGACGUCUGAGCUCGUUAGGCCCAUCAAAGUCUGGCCGCCGCUUCCAGAGGCUACCCAGCAACUACCCGAUCAACCACCGCCCGAUCCAGAUGCCCAAGAGGCACAUUCAUUAGGACAAGUUGCAAGUGAGCUUCGGCCAUUUCCAAGAAAAGGUUCCGCCCGGUGCAGCUGGAAGGAAGGAGCUUUGCUGGGAAAAUCCAGGCAUAAAAUUCCCACAUGCGCUCAUUGA